AUGCCUACUUGGUGGGUGAAAAAGUGCGGUAAGACUAAGGACGAUAACCAGCUUCUUCAGAACAAGAGUCGCUCCGUUAUCGACAAGAAUAGCAGAGGAAUCACCGGAGAUAACAAGACCUCCGCUGAUCCACCUACUCCUUCUCGCAGCACACCUCGUUGCAGUCGAGAAUUCGCCGGAGCUUCUGGUUUCUCCGGCUUCGACUCCGAUUCUACAGAGAAGAAAUGUCAUCCUCUUCCCCGUCCAUCCAUCUCUUCCUUCCCUAACGAUCAAGUAAGUGGUUCCACUUCCGGAUCGGCCUCUGUUUCCAGCGUUAGCUCAUCCGGAUCAGCUGAUGAUCAGGGUCAACUCGGAGGUUGCAGGGGAAAUGGUGAUGUGAAAUUCAACGCAGCACCACGUAGCCCCGAGAGAGUGUCUCCAAUGGCAGCAACUAGGCCCACGUCUCCUUUGCAUAGCCGAUUGUCUGGCAUGAGCUUAGACUCUUCGACAGGGAGGAAUGAUGAUGUAAGAUCCUCUGAGUGUCACCGUUUGCCUCUGCCUCCGACUUCUCCCACAAGCCCCUCUGCUGUGCCUGUGCAUGGGUCUAGGAUUGGAGGAGGGCCUGAGCCGUCUUCCUUGGGCUUCUCCAAGUGGAAAAAAGGCAAGUUUCUUGGGAGUGGCACCUUCGGCCAAGUGUAUCAAGGUUUCAACAGUGAGAAAGGAAAAAUGUGUGCUAUAAAAGAGGUCAAGGUCAUUUCUGACGACAAAACAUCAAAAGAAUGUCUGAAGCAACUAAAUCAGGAGAUAAAUGUGCUGAGCCAGCUUUGUCAUCCGAAUAUUGUUCAGUAUUACGGAAGUGAACUGAGUGAAGAAACCUUGUCCGUCUACUUGGAGUAUGUGUCAGGUGGUUCAAUUUAUAAACUACUCCAGGAGUAUGGUCCUUUCACUGAACCAGUUAUCCAAAACUAUACACGGCAGAUUCUCGCUGGGCUUGCCUAUUUACAUGGGCGAAACACAGUGCAUAGGGAUAUCAAAGGAGCAAAUAUUUUAGUGGAUCCAAAUGGUGAAAUCAAGUUGGUAGACUUUGGGAUGGCAAAGCAUGUAACAGCCUAUUCUACUAUGCUCUCUUUCAACGGAAGUCCUUAUUGGAUGGCACCCGAGGUUAUAAUGAACAACAAUGGCUACACUCUUGCAGUAGAUGUGUGGAGUUUGGGCUGUACGAUUCUUGAAAUGGCAACAUCAAAGCCACCUUGGAGCCAGUUUGAAGGGGUUGCGGCAUUAUUCAAAAUCGGGAACAGCAAAGACACCCCAGAAAUUCCUGAUCACCUUUCAAAUGAUGCAAAGAAUUUUAUAAGGCUUUGUCUGCAACGGAAUCCGGCAUUACGUCCUACAGCUUUCCAGCUUUUGGAACACCCUUUUCUUCGUGUUCACGCAGCAAGAGUAGCUAAUACUAUCAUGCCCAAAGAUGCCUCUCCACGUCCCUUUGAUGGAAGCUGCACACUGCCUACAAGGGAACCCUAUCCAGGGAGAUCAAGCCAUGAGAAUUACCUAACGCAGCCAUUGGCUGUCUCGUCGAGAGCUAUAAAGAGCCCGAGCAGAGAAAACAUCAGAGCCAUCACAUCGUUGCCAGUAUCUCCAUGUUCAAGCCCUUUACGCCAACUUGGGCCGGCAUACAAAAGUUGUUUUCUAUCACCUCCUCACCCGUCUUAUACAUUUCCUGGGCAAGACAAUGGGUACAGCCUAGCAGAGUUUGCUGUAAGCCCCUUUAGGGUCAAGAAAGACGCUAUGAUAGAACCAUCUAGUUUCAGGGCUCAAACCCCGAAUUCACCCCUGAGAUCAAGACUGGUAUAG